AUGCAUCUGUCUCUGACCAGCUGGGCAUGGAUCCCUCUCCUUAUUCCUGUGGCUCAAGCAACUUCAAUCCUGCUUGAGCGUGGCAAUGUCAUCACUUUUGACGAAGAAACUCUGUCUCCUUUGGUCCUCCGCAAUGCAUCGAUCUUGAUCAUCGAUGAUACGAUCUCUGCCAUUUUCCAUCCGUCGCGCAACGACUCCGUUGCCGUUCCCGAUGAUGUUGAACGUAUUCCAGCCGACAACGACAUAAUCUCACCCGGGUUCGUGGACACUCACCGACAUGUCUGGCAGACCGUCCUGCGAGGACUUGGUGCCGACAGCACCAUCAGCGAAUACCUCUUCCGAUGGGCAAACCCACAGCUUUCAGCUGAGUCCUUCGACCCUGAGAUCAUGUACUACUCGCAACUCAUGGGACUCUGCGAAGCUCAGAACUCUGGUGUCACCACCAUUGUGGACAACGGCAGCAACACCUUUUCCGAGGUGAUCGCUGAAGCGGAGCGCGAUGCCUCCAUCGACAGCGGCAUUCGAACGUUCUGGGCCUACCAUAUCGGAAAUGUCUAUGCCAACUUCUCUGUCGAGGACCAGAUCGCCGUCUAUAGGAGAUUUACUGCAGACCCCCGAGUCCAAGAAAGUCUUUUGAGCAUGGGAAUUGGCUACGAAGGUUUUGCAACGCUUGGUGCCAAUGUCACCAACACCGUACUCAACCUUGCAAGGGACUUGAACGCUUCCGUUGUCGAAACUCACUACGAUGGCGGCAAUCUCGGCUCCUACAACAGCCCAGCUCUCCUCCAGCAACUCAACUUCUUGAACCAGUCUUUCCCGGUCAUCUUUGUCCACUCCAACAGGCUGACGCCAAGGGACAUUGCCGUGUUGCGCAGCUACGAUCACUACACCUCUUUCGUGCCGGAAUUCGAGCUGCACCACGGCAACGACAACUACCUUCCCUCACUGGCCCAAGACCGGGGUUCUCUGAGCGUCGGAACGCACUACUCCUCCAGCGGCGACAUUGUCACGCAGGCCCGCAUGUGGCUUCAGACCGUCCGCGGAUGGAGACUCUCGUCGGUGAUGCAAGAGUUCAAAGUCCCCGCCAAUAACCCCAUGUCAGUCAACCAAGCCUUCCUCCUCGCGACCAGGUCCGGGGGCUUGGCUCUCGGAAGGCCUGAUCUGGGUGUGCUGCGGGUAGGCGCGAAGGCCGACAUUGCAGUCUUUGACGGCACCGCGCCAGGGAUGCUCGGCUGGCAGAAUGCCAUCGCUGCUGUUAUCCUGCACUCCAACGUCGGAAACGUUAAGCAUGUUCUGGUCGAUGGGCAGUGGAGGAAGCGCGAUGGAGAGCUCUUGUGUGCGGUUAACCAGACUGAUGUCGAGUCCAGAUUCCUUGAGGCUGCCCGUAGAGUCCAGAGUUUCUGGGAGGGCGUUCCACCUACUGUUUUGGAAGGUGUUUCUCCUCUUGCGGGCUCUGAAUAUGCUAUCUUGGACGAGGUUGACGUUACGCGGAGGUUUGAUGUAGAUAGUUAA